UUUUAUGGAAGCGUCAGGGACUCGGUAUCUGUAUUAUAUUAUGCUACCGCCCACCGUAAAACAAACUAGUCAGCAAGAUGGGAGGAUGUAUGAAUGUCUAGUAAGCAUUAGCGAGGAAGAAACAUUGUGAUCACUCAAGUGUGAAUGGUCUCCCAAUUGAAAGCAGCUUGUUGACACGAUGGCAGGCACAGAUUUUAAGGAGCCAAAGAAAGGGAAGAAGAGUAAAGGAAAGGAUGUAGCGGUAUGUGGCUACCCGCUCAGCAUAUUUUUCAUUGUGGUGAAUGAGUUCUGCGAGAGGUUCUCCUACUAUGGCAUGCGAGCUGUCCUGGUGCUGUACUUUAAGUACUUCCUGCGCUGGGACGAUGACAUGUCCACCUCCAUCUACCAUACUUUUGUCGCCCUGUGCUACCUCACUCCUAUUUUGGGCGCGAUCGUGGCCGACUCCUGGCUGGGGAAAUUUAAAACCAUCAUCUACCUGUCCAUCGUCUACACACUGGGUCAGGUGGCCAUGGCUGUCAGCGCAAUCCACGACAUUACCGACACCGACAAAGACGGGACGCCCGAUGACAUGACCUUUCACGUUGUCAUGUCAAUGGUGGGCCUCUUCCUUAUUGCUCUGGGCACUGGGGGCAUCAAACCUUGCGUGGCUGCCUUUGGUGGGGACCAGUUCAGUGACAGCCAGGAGAAGCAAAGACGAACCUUUUUCUCUGUGUUUUACCUGUGCAUCAACGGAGGCAGCCUCCUGUCAACCAUUAUCACUCCCAUCCUGAGAGCUCAAGAAUGUGGCAUCCACACCAAGCAGAGUUGCUAUCCCCUCGCUUUUGGAGUCCCCGCUGCUCUCAUGGUGGUCGCGCUGGUGGUGUUCAUCGUCGGCAGUGGCAUGUACUACAAAGCCGAGCCCCAAGGAAACAUCAUGAUGGAUGUUUGCCGAUGCAUCGGUUUUGCCAUAAAAAACCGCUACAGGCACCGAAGCGGCAGAUAUCCCAAGAGGCAACACUGGAUGGACUGGGCGGAGGAGAAGUAUGACAAACUGCUUAUCGCUCAAAUCAAAAUGGUGCUGAAGGUCCUCUUCCUCUACAUUCCACUUCCAAUGUUUUGGACUCUGUUUGACCAGAAGGGUUCCAGGUGGACUUUGCAGGCCACCACUAUGGAUGGAAACUUUGGAGCUCUCGUCAUCCAGCCCGAUCAAAUGCAGACUGUUAAUCCCAUCCUGAUCUUGACCCUGGUGCCCAUCAUGGACAGUGUUAUCUACCCUCUCAUCAAAAAAUGUGGCCUAAACUUCACGCCUCUGAAAAGAAUGACCGUGGGGAUGUUUCUGGCAGCGUUGGCCUUCGUCUGCGCUGCUCUGGUUCAGGUUGAAAUUGACAAAUCAUUGCCCACAUUCCCAUCAGCAUCACAGAGUCAGUUGAAAUUAUUAAACAUGGGGGCUGAGCCACUCAAAGUCAAACUGCCCGACAAUGUGCAGCUGGAGCUUCCUCCAAAUCAGGCCAGUGAGCAGUACUUGACAUUUGGAGAGGAAGAAAUCAUUGUGUCCGUGGAGAGCCGCGUAGGAGUGACAAGAGCACUCUUUUUAACCAAGGGAGUGCGAGAGACACUUCUGCUUCCCGCAAACAUCUCAAGCGAAUGGCUGCUGACUGAGGAUGUGAAGGCCAAGCCGCAGCAAGGAAAUAACGCUGUCAGAUUUAUCAACGGAAUGUUAACAGGAGUGAAUGUGUCCAUAGCUGGAGCAGAGCCCACUUUACUCGAGCCGGAAUAUUAUUCAAACUAUUCCCAGAUUAAAACUGGAAUCACCACGUUCACCAUAAGGAGCGGGUCGGAGUCAUGCGACUACAGGAGGGAGUUUGGAUUCGGAAGUUCGUACACUUUUCUUAUCCACAGCACGUUCAAGUUUGGCCCCUCUUGUCACGAGUCUAUUAGCGCAGUCGAAGACAUUAAGCCCAACUCGGUUCACAUGGCCCUCCAGAUCCCACAGUACUUCUUCAUCACUGCGGGCGAAGUCAUGUUUUCUGUCACAGGCCUGGAGUUCUCCUACUCACAGGCGCCAAGUAACAUGAAAGCAGUCCUACAAGCAGGCUGGUUGUUGACUGUGGCUAUCGGCAACUUCAUCGUUUUGAUUGUGGCUGAGCUUGCCAAGAUACCCGAACAGUGGGCGGAGUACGUCCUCUUCGCCUCGCUGCUGAUCGCCGUCUGUUUCUUCUUCUCCAUCAUGGCGUACUUCUACACCUACAUGGAUCCCGCCGAAAUUGAGGCCCAGUUCAAAAAGAAUGUGGAUGACGACAAGGAUGACAGAGCCCUGAAACAGAAGAUGAACUUUGCGAAAGACUCUGUUGAGAGUGAUGAUGAGAAAGAUGAAAACAAACAAACUCAAUUGUGAAAAAAAGAAAAGUGUGAUGCCAUGACGCCCCUGAGGCAAUAUGGCUAAAUGUUUGAACUUAUUUCAAUUUUAAAAUGCACUGUUCUACUUUUAUAGUCUUGCUUAAUUAUGUAACAUAAUCAAUCAUUUUAGGGAAUAUUGUGUGAUUGUUGAUGAGAAAAUGGGAGUACAGUACUGUAUAUUAUUUUGUUUCUUGUAACAGUCCAACAUAACUUUAAUCCAACACAUUAUCAAAUGUCAUCUCAUCAUCUAAACAUUUACCAUUUAUAAUGAAGAAGGAUCCUCACCACAGAACCAUGAAAAAAAGCAUGUCGCCACACAGAUAUGAACAGCAGAAUUACAGUUACAGACAAGCGUGUUACUUGAAAAAAAAUAUAUCAUUUGCCGCUGUUAAUAAAGAUUUUAUGAUACCAACA